AAAAAAAAAAAAGGAUAACAUCGGAAGCUUAUACGCGUUUUAUUGAUAGAAUGGACAAGAAGGAUUUCUUUUUAUACCCUGUGACAACGGAUGUGGCACCAGAUUAUUUUAAUAUCAUUGACAAGCCAAUGGCAUUUUCUGACAUUAUUGACAAAUUUCAUGCUCAUGAAUAUUCUACUCUUGAUGAUGUGGAGGCUGAUCUCUCAUUGAUCUGGAAGAACUGUAAAACAUACAACAGAUCAGAUACCUCUUAUUACAGAUUGGCACAGCGUAUGGAGGAACAAGCAAAGGAAUGGAUGACACAAGCCCGUCAAGAUUACAACAUGUUGGAAAUCUCACUGCAAGCUGGUACUUUAGCGGUGGGAAUUGAUCCUGAUAUAUUUUCGUAUGACCUAAUACAACCUUCUCCGGAACCAAGCCAUGAUUCCUAUGACAAUCAACAGAAGGAACUAGAAAUAUCAAAACAGGAACCACAACAAGAAUUGGAUCAACAAAUGCAUCAAGAAACAGGAAAGAAGAAAAAUGAAAAGGAAUUAUCGUUACCAUCAACACGAUCCGAUCGAAAAAAACAGUUACCAUCUUCCACAUCAUCUCGACGUACUACUCGAUCUUCUUCAACGGGUCUGAUAGAACUCUCUCUCGAUAAAUACCUUUCAGAAAAAUCACGAAAAUCCAAAAGAGCAAGAAAGGCAGCAACAGCGUCAACAGAUGUGUCCGAUAAAAGCAAUAGCAUAUCAUCUACUUCAUUUACAUCAGCACUUUCUUCUAAUACCAGUAGCGAUCGAAGUCCAGAAAUCAUGGUCACACCAUCAUCAUCAUUACCAACAUCUCCAUCACCACAACCACAAUUAUCGCAAGAAACAGAGAAAAAUACCCGCAAAAUAAAAAAGAAAGACAAAGCGAUAUCAACGGUGACCCGUCGAAUGACACGAAGUGCAGGAUCAGAAGGAUUGACAGUACCAACCAAAAGUGCGAUGAAGAAUAGCAAGAUGAAUUCGGAAACAAGGAAACUGUUAUGGAGCGACUCUGUGACGAAACCCAUUGCGUAUGUGGAAGGAUCAUACAAGGAAAGCAAGACAAAACGGGCUCCUCGUGGUUAUGUAUAUAUUUCCUCCUCUGAUGAAGAUGGUAGUAAUGACGAAGAACAAGGUGAUAAUAGCAUGAUCAAGACAACCAAUGCAACCUCGAUAAUUUCUCCUUCUAGCAAAAGAAACAAGAAAAGCAACAAAUUAUCACAUGGAAAACAACCCUUGGAAGUUGAACCGCUCUCUACUUUUGCACAUCUUCAGACAACCACAAUUGAAAAGGUAGUGUGGGCACGUGUAUCUGGCUUUCCUUUCCAUCCUGCCAAGAUUGUCGAUCCGAAUAAAGAAGAUGUACCAAAGAAUGUAAGGACUGGAAAACCAAAAGCACAAAGCUCGUUAGUCAAAUUCUUUAUGGUACCUGAAAAUCAUCAAUGGUAAAAUAAUAAUAAUAAAAAGAAAUGAAUGGAAAAAUCUAAACGAUUUUUUUUUUUUUUUUGAUAACAGGGGAUGGAUCAGAACAUCGGAUCUUUACUUAUUUGGGGACAAGACCAUUGAUUAUAAUAUGUUGCUACGGGCCAAACAUCAUAAGAAGAAUAUCAAAAAGAAAUGGUUGGAUGAAGUGAUGAAAGGAUACAUUUAUGCCUGUCGUCAACUAGGUAUAGAACCUCAACAAAUCGAAUGAAGAUCUCUUAAAAAUCAUGGUUAUCGGUUAGUUUAUUGUACACAUAGUUUUAUUAUUUUAUAUAUAUAUAUCAAUAAAAAUUACUCAUCUGCAUUA